ACAUAUCAGUGUGGAUGACGGAUCACCACCUCAAGCUGAACCUCGGCAAGACGGAACUGCUCUUCCUCCCGGGGAAGGACUGCCCGUUCCAUGAUCUCGCCAUCACGGUUGACAACUCCAUUGUGUCCUCCUCCCAGAGCGCUAAGAACCUUGGCGUGAUCCUGGACAACACCCUGUCGUUCUCAACUAACAUCAAGGCGGUGGCCCGUUCCUGUAGGUUCAUGCUCUACAACAUCCGCAGAGUACGACCCUGCCUCACACAGGAAGCGGCGCAGGUCCUAAUCCAGGCACUUGUCAUCUCCCGUCUGGAUUACUGCAACUCGCUGUUGGCUGGGCUCCCUGCCUGUGCCAUUAAACCCCUACAACUCAUCCAGAACGCCGCAGCCCGUCUGGUGUUCAACCUUCCCAAGUUCUCUCACGUCACCCCGCUCCUCCGCUCUCUCCACUGGCUUCCAGUUGAAGCUCGCAUCCGCUACAAGACCAUGGUGCUUGCCUACGGAGCUGUGAGGGGAACGGCACCUCAGUACCUCCAGGCUCUGAUCAGGCCCUACACCCAAACAAGGGCACUGCGUUCAUCCACCUCUGGCCUGCUCGCCUCCCUACCACUGAGGAAGUACAGUUCCCUAGUGCACCUACUCAUGAUGCAGCACGUCUUCCGGAUCCAUGGACUUCCAGUGGACAUGGUCUCGGACAGGGGUCCUCAGUUCUCGUCCCGCCCCCGUUCUUUCCUGAGCAAGAGGAAGAUGUCGGCAUACCCUCGGCCCAGAUGUUUGUCCGGUAUCAUCUCGGGCAAAGGGUAUGGUUGUCCACCCGAGAUCUGCCCCUCCGGGUAG